UUUUAAGUAACAGCCAUAAAAUAUCCAUACGAAGAAGAAGAGAGAAGAGGAAGAAGCUAUAUAUGUAAACGUUAGCUUCUCUGCAAUCGAAAAAAGAGAGAGAGAGAGAGAGGGAGAGAGAAUCAGAGUCUCUUCGGUCGCCGAAAAAUCCUCAAACUCGAGAGGAGACCAUUGGAAUCGGAAAAAUCCUAAAUCGAGCACUGAAUCCAGAAAUAGAGGGGGAGGAUUACUCGAAUCUAGGGUGUUGUUGAUCUUCUUAGAGAAAGGAUUCUGUUUGUAUCUUUAACUUAAGUCCAAAGACGAUGAAGUAUAAGGAUGAGAAGUACGAGAAAGCUGAGAAAGGUUCAUUGAAGGUCUUGCCCAAGACUGUGUUACUGAUUCUGCUCUGCGGGCUUUCGUUCUAUCUUGGUGGACUUUACUAUGGGAAGAACAUAGUCCAAGUUAGUAACGUUGCGAAAACUGGAUCUUCAUUAGAUGUUGACAACUCUCCUCAAGUCAAAUCUGUUUCUUUCUCCGAGUGUAGCAGUGACUACCAAGAUUACACUCCCUGCACGGAUCCAAGGAAAUGGAAGAAGUAUGGCACUCACAGGCUUACUUUCAUGGAACGCCAUUGUCCUCCUGUGUUUGAUAGAAAGCAAUGUCUUGUUCCUCCUCCUAAUGGGUAUAAGCCACCGAUAAGAUGGCCUAAGAGCAAAAACGAAUGUUGGUACAGGAAUGUACCAUAUGAUUGGAUUAACAAGCAGAAAUCUAACCAGCAUUGGCUAAAGAAAGAGGGUGAAAAGUUCAUUUUCCCGGGUGGAGGUACAAUGUUUCCAAAUGGAGUUAGUGCUUACGUCGAUCUGAUGCAAGAUUUGAUCCCUGAAAUGAAAGAUGGUACUAUACGAACUGCCAUUGACACUGGUUGUGGGGUUGCGAGCUGGGGAGGAGACUUGUUGGACCGUGGUAUCCUCACGGUGUCACUCGCCCCGAGAGAUAAUCACGAAGCUCAAGUCCAGUUUGCUCUAGAACGUGGAAUCCCUGCGAUUCUCGGCAUCAUUUCAACUCAACGUCUCCCUUUCCCUUCAAAUUCAUUCGAUAUGGCUCACUGCUCAAGAUGCCUUAUUCCAUGGACUGAAUUUGGUGGGGUCUAUCUUCUGGAGAUUCACCGUAUUCUAAGACCUGGUGGCUUCUGGGUCUUAUCUGGUCCACCAGUAAACUACGAGAACCGUUGGAAAGGUUGGGACACAACCGUUGAGGAGCAGAGAUCAAAUUACGAGAAGCUGCAGGAUCUGUUAUCCUCAAUGUGCUUUAAAUUGUACGCCAAGAAAGACGAUAUCGCAGUGUGGCAAAAAUCUCCAGACAACAUGUGCUACAACAAGCUGUCUAACGACCCUGAUGCAUACCCGCCAAAAUGUGACGAUAGCCUGGAGCCAGACUCUGCUUGGUACACGCCGUUACGCCCUUGCGUUGUGGUUCCAAGCCCUAAGCUUAAGAAGACAGAUUUGGAAUCUACUCCCAAGUGGCCGGAGAGAUUGCACUCAACUCCUGAAAGGAUCUCUGAUGUUCCUGGAGGAAAUGGUGGCUUGUUUAAGCGCGACAAUAGCAAAUGGAAAACGAGGGCUAAGCAUUACAAGAAGCUGUUACCAGCUGUUGGCUCUGAUAAGAUCCGGAAUGUGAUGGAUAUGAACACUGCUUAUGGUGGUUUAGCUGCUGCUCUGGUCGAUGAUCCUUUGUGGGUUAUGAACGUUGUCUCUUCCUAUGCUGCAAAUACACUUCCCGUUGUGUUUGAUCGUGGAUUGAUUGGAACAUACCACGACUGGUGUGAAGCUUUCUCGACAUAUCCGAGAACUUACGAUCUUCUCCACGUCGAUGGGCUGUUUACAUCCGAAAACCAAAGGUGUGAGAUGAAAUAUGUAAUGCUGGAAAUGGAUCGGAUCUUGCGUCCAAACGCGUAUGCGAUCAUACGAGAAUCGAGCUACUUCGCGGAUACCAUUGCAUCAGUUGCUAAAGAACUGAGAUGGAGUUGCCGUAAGGAAAAAACAGAGUCUGAAUCAGAGAGUGAGAAGCUCUUGAUUUGCCAAAAGAAGCUAUGGUUUUCAUCUAACUCAACUUCAGAAACAAAAUAGUAAAAGAGAGGGACAAAUCAAAAGCUUAAGCUUAAAGCUUUUGUUUUGUCUGGAGGCUUCUUGAGAACAAAGUCACAACAACAACCAUAGGUUCUUUGUCUUUCUUCAAAUCCAAGAAAAGUGUUUAAAGCAUUUUAUUAUCCCAGCAUAUUUGUAUCAACUUUCGAUUCUUUCUUAUAGUAUACUAUAUGCUUGGUGAGAAAUAUAUUAUUGAUUUUUUAUUUUUAUUUAAAUUGUAAUUUUAUUUUGAAUGUUUAAGUUCGAGAUUUCUCCAAUGUUAAUUGAUUUGAGAUCUA